UUGAUUAUCGUGAAUUUAGGAUGUCGAUGUUCAAGUGUGAUUGGGUAGACAGCAAAAACGGUGUGGAGAAAGAAAAGUUAGGUUUCAUUAAAGUUGAUUUGAAUAAAAUAGGACAUAAAAAAGAUUCAUUUAUAAUGGCAAGUCAAGCUAAACAAGUGUUUUAUGUUGAGGAUCCUACUUCAUCAAGAUGGUCCAUAGUGCUUGCUUCACAACCAAGAGACAAAGUGCAUGAUGACAAUCAACAACAUGACUUUGGUGAAUUACAAACUUCAGAAAAAGAGUGUGGUUUUAUCCCUGAGUUUGAGGGAGUUGAAGCAACUGUUGGGCCAUAUGUACGAAAAGAUGGUGAUGGAAUUUGGAUAGAUCAUGGACCCAUUUGAUGAGCACCUUGAGGAGUACCUAGAGGGUGAUGAUGAGCAAGCUGAUGUUGAUUCCAUCGAUGAGCAGACUAAUGGUGGUUCCAUGGAUGUUGACCAUGAGGAGGAGGAUAAUAAUAAAGAGAACGCGGAAGAUAAAAAGAAAACACAUAAGCGGACACGAGGCAUAGCGCGAUUGACGAAGAUCAUAGCAGAUAAAAUUAAAGGAAUCAAAUGCCAUUUGAGGUUCAAUAGCAGGGGGCAAUCGAUUGGGACCCCAAACAGAGAGCUUCAAUGUUAUUUAGGAAUGCAAGCCAAAAGUAUGGUGCCAAUUAACAUUGACAAUUGGCGCGAAGUUCCUAAAUCUAUAUUGGACAGCUUAUGGAAGGAUGUCAAUCUAGCUUUCCACCUAGAUGAGAAUAUGCAAAAAAAUAUUAUUGGCUCAGUGGGUAAUAAAUGGAGACAAUUCAAAUGUAAUUUGAACAAGAAGUUUAUAGUCCCUUACCUUAAUGACCCAUAUCUUUUGGAAGCAAACCCUCGUGGUCUCGAUAAACCUCCACCAAGCUAUCAUAUAGAAGAAACACAUUAG